CUUUAUAUAUAGGAUGAUGGUGGGUUUUGCUAGUUCUUAAAAAAAAUCUGUUACUCCUAUCCACAAGAGCAUAUGAUCUCCCGGAGUCUUAAUACGGAGUAACGGAAAUGGAUCUCUUCCAGCGAUCCCAGUUCUCAGAUUACAUCAAGAAGGUUCUCCGCUCUCACAAUAUUCCAGGCAUCUCUAUCUCCAUUGUACAGGAUCGUACUAUCGCAUCUGGAGCAUUCGGCAAGUCAAGUUUAGAUCCAUCCACAAACUUUACCCCUGACACACUCGUUGGCAUCGGCUCUAUUUCCAAAUCUCUCACCGCUGCUGCAGUUACACUCCUAGUUCAGGACAAUGUAAAUUAUCCUCAGGUUCAGUAUGAUACUCCUAUGUCGAGCCUUCUACCUGAUGAUUUUGUUAUGUCUGGUGAAAACCACCGGGAUGUCACUGUGGAGGAUAUAUUGACCCACCAGACUGGUAUGCCAACGUAAGGAGUCUCAAAUCAUCGUCGCUUCAAUUUCUGGGAAUUAAUCAUUGUCCAUUCAUAGGCAUGAGUUCUCUGUGUUUGGUUCCAACGCAGAGCAGCCGGAUGACCCUCGCUCAAUCACAAGAAAUCUGCGAAAUUUGCCCACCAUAGCGGCCAACCGAAGUGAAUUUGUGUAUUCCAAUAUGAUGUAUAUCGUUGCCUCCUACCUAGUGGAACAUGUUACCGGGGAUAGCUUUUCAGACUUCCUGGAGAAGCGAAUAUUCCUACCACUUAAAAUGGAGUCCACCAGUGUCCAGCCGUGGCGCGCGCUAGCUAAGACGAAAGGACGGAACAUUUCAGUUGGAUAUAUAUGGGAUAAAAAUGCGAGAGCGUUCAAAUCAUCUCCCUUCCUGGACCGCCCAGAAUCCCAAGGUGCCGGACAACUAAUCACAACCGCCAGCGACCAUGCUAAAUGGAUCAAAACUAUGAUAAAUCGAGAAGGGCCAAUAACCGAGGACAUUUACAGCCUCCUGACUAAGAAACGAGUGUUGGAGGAUCCAUUAAAAGAUCAAUGUUCAAAGAAUCCGUCUUUCUAUGGACUUGGCUGGCAAAUUCAAGAUUAUUCUGGCUAUACUAUUGUGUCUCAUGAAGGUGGAGAGGCCGGAUCAUUGUGCGAUAACUUUUUCGUUCCAGGGCUCAAAUUUGGAGCGUUUAUCUUCUGUAACGCGGGCCACUCUCACAAUGUCAUCAGCCUGGUGA